UUAGGCAGCCGUCCAUCUCCUCCUGCUUCUCCCAGAAAACAGGUGAUGCUCCUGGCCAGCGAACGCUCUCUGGAUGCAGGCCGGGCUGCGGCGGGAAGGAUGUUAUAGGCAAGAGGAGGUGAACGGCGGCGGCAGGAGCGAACUUGCCGAGCGAGGGGAGGGCAGGGCCAAGCAAGCCAAACUUUGACGGAGGCCUACAUCGCUGUGCAGCGGCUGCGAGUCCAAGCCUGAGCUUCUUCACGGAGACACAGACUGACUGACAGACAAACUUUGGCUCUUCGUCCCUUUCUAGGACUUCUAUUUUUGGGGGAGGGGGAAAGGAACACUUGGCUGCGCGAGUCUUGUGACUAUCCGGGACUCGGCGGGUAUUGUUCUUAAAAAAAAAAAAAAAAAAGAAGAAGCAAAAAUCAAAAGAUUUUUUUAAAGAGGCAUCCGUUCUAGUGGAUCAGACUUUUUAAAUGUUUGGGAUUCAAGAUACGUUAGGAAGAGGACCAGCUCUGAAAGAGAAAGCUCUGGGAGCGGAGAUGGAUUCGGUCCGGUCCUGGGUUCGAAACGUUGGAGUGGUGGAUGCAAACGUCGCGGCACAAAGCGGGGUAGCCCUCUCCCGGGCUCACUUCGAGAAGCAGCCUCCCUCCAACUUGAGGAAAUCCAAUUUCUUCCACUUCGUCUUGGCCCUUUAUGAUCGGCAGGGUCAGCCGGUGGAGAUCGAAAGGACAGCUUUCGUGGACUUCGUAGAGAACGACAAAGAACAAGGUAACGAGAAGACCAAUAAUGGGACCCACUACAAAUUACAGCUCCUCUAUAGCAAUGGGGUCAGGACCGAACAAGACCUCUUUGUCCGGCUCAUCGACUCGGUCACGAAGCAGCCCAUAGCUUAUGAGGGACAGAACAAGAAUCCAGAGAUGUGCCGAGUUCUACUCACACACGAAGUCAUGUGCAG